AUGCAACCAAGAAUCAACUUCCACUAUCUCGAGGUCAAGAAACCAGGCAAGCAAGCAUUCAUCUUUGCCAGCGUCUCUGCAGGAGCCUAUCUCGUCACUCAACUCUCCAAAACUGUUUUUGGAUUGCCUUCCACUACUCCCAACAAUGAUCGCGAAAUGAUUCAAUUUUAUCGUCCCAUUGAUCAAAGAGAAACAUGGUCCUUUGAUUUCACUUCCAUUGCUCCACCAAGGCCAAAGAGAGAGGAUUAA